ACGUGCCUCUGUGACAGGCAGUAUCUAGCCCAUCUGCCCUCAGGACCGUGCUUCAGGGGCUGCCACCUAGCAGCAUGGCCAGGCACAGGGCCUCCCCGGGUGCAGGGAACUUGGUCACUCCAGGUUUCCUGACAGGAGCGAGUGGAGGGGCCCUGGCAGAAACCUGGGACUGUGAGGCACUGUAGGCAGCUCCAGGGGGAACACCACUGGGCAGGAAACUGCUGUGCCUGAGUGGCCUCUGCUCAUGAGGCUGGCAGGCCAGAGAGGGAUGGAUGUCCAGGGGGGGAUCUUGGGGCCAUCUAGGCUGGGCCCACCCAGAACUGACUCCUGCUGGCCCUAAGAGGCUCCAAAGGGCUGCAACAGGAGGUAGGGUCUGAGGUAGGAGGAUCUGGGGUAGGACCCAGGCAGCGGGUCCCAUGGCUUCCCCGAGAUCCCAGUGCUGACCCCAGGUAGAGAAUGUUGCCUCCUGACACACAGCCACCAUCAAAGCUGGUAACCAUGGCGCUGGACUUGGGAGGAAGGAGGCUGAGUUGGGCUGGGCCCACUAACCUCUGACCUGUGAUGUCACAGCAGCCCCAGGGCGACAGCCUUGGCACAGCCAUGUCCCAUGCCUGAGGCUGUGUGAGGCACUCUUUCCCAGCCCAGCAUGGAAAAGGACCUGGCCACGGCACACAGGAGGCACCGGCCUGGCACCGGCACCCUCCUCUUGGGUGGCAGGAUGGCCAGCGAGUUCCCCGAGCUGCAGAGGAGCAGAAGUGAGGGUGGCCUGCACCAGAAAGGGGACCCCCCAGGCCAUGUCAGGAAGGUGGCCAAGGACCUGGGUAGGCCCAGGGGACGCUGUGAGGGCCCUCCGGGUGGAAGUGAAGCCCACAAGGCAGGAACACCAGAACUGUGUCUAGGGAUGUGGGGUUUCCACCCCAUUAGCCCCUCUGGGAGGCAUCUCUGUGCAGUGGCCACUUGUAGGGGACUGGGCCUGGGGGUCUGGCCCAUGCUCAAAGGAUGAGGUACAGCCAUGUGCAGGGCCUGGUCCCCAUUCUGUGAAAGGGACACGUGGCCUGAGGACCACUGUGGAGACAUAGGAGGAGUCCUACCCCUCCUUGCCAACCUGCUCCACUGCAUCCUCCAAGGGUCCCGAGACCUCCCUAGACCACUCUGACUCUGGCUCUGUUUAGCUUGACUGCGGGGCAAGGGCACUCAGUCAGGCCUCAGCUGGGUUAUGGGCCACUCUGGGAGGUGGCAGCACCGACUAGCCUCGUCCUCCUCCCCCAGAGUCUGAAGAGCAAGAGAAGGAGCAGCAGAGUCACGCCGAGGAUGUGGACUGGUGAGUGGCUGGUGGCCAGCCUGAGAGGAAGGAAGCCUUUGCAGGCCAUUCUGUGUUGCCCUAGCCUCUGCUCCAGGUAGCCCUGGUCAGCCCACCCAGCCUCCGUGUCCCCAGGCUGUGGCCUGCAGGGCUCAGCUAAUGUCCAAGGCUGCCUUCAGGACAUGGCCCAGACAUGAUGUCCUCUAUAGCCCUGCCGUGUCCACUCUGUUCCCCAGGACCCCCACAGCCCUGCCAUGUCCACUCUACUGACCAACCUCCCCCCACACCCUCCUGCCUCCUAUCACUGGAUACCCUAAGGUAGGCAUGGGUGGUCACCUCGGAUAUAAGAAGCAUCCCCCUGCCACAUUCAGCCACCCAGGGAAACAUCAAGGCAGGCCAGGCCUGACCAACAGGCGCCCCACCAUUCCUGUAGUACCCAACCAAGUCCCUCAGCCAAAGGGUGCUGCCCCAGAAGGGAACCCACACUGGCCGUGCCUGUCCCAAGCCACUCCCUCAAUCCCUGCCACAGCCAAGCAAACCUGGAGGAAGACAAGAGGCUGAGGGGUCAGGACACCCCAAGGAGCCUGGGCCGUGAGAGUGGAUGCAGAGACCCUGAGCCAGAAUGCAGCAACUCUGAAGCCAGCGCCAACGAGGAGGAGCAGGAGGCAGAGCCCAUGGAGAGCAUCCCGGAGGCCCAGAAGCCGUCUGUGUUUGUGGAGAUUGAUCUGGGAGAUCACACUGAGGAGGGAACCUGGCACCCAGUCCCUGACACACUGUGGCCGUGCCCCCAGGUGACUGCCUGCACCCCCCAGGAGGAGAAGCAGUCCCCGAUGGACCCCGACCUGUUUGAGGAUGAGACAAGGACGAGCUGGGUGUGCUGCAUCCCGUACACCAUCAAGAAGAAGGCCAAGGACAGCGCCUAGUGGCCUGUUGGAGGUACGCGCUGGGAGAGAAGGGGACUAGGCACACGCAGACCCAUUGUCUUGUGGUACAUUCUGGUUCACUGCUCAGCUGAACACACACGUGUGCAUGUAUGCAGUGGCCAUACAUGCCGGCAGGUACCAAGGAGCACUUCCGAGGCCCCCUGGGUCAGAGGUCAGAAGCACCAGAUGCGGCUUGGUCCCUGCUGUCUGGGGCGAGGGGCCGAGGGAACACAGGAAGCAGUGGCCACUGGCCAGGCCUUAGCCUCUGCCUGCCGGAUGGUGGGAAACGCCUGCAGCGCCCCCUGGUGGCGCGGCGCGGUCGGUUGCCCAACCUCUGUUUCUCUCAGGCGCCCUAGGCCGACUUGGAGCAAGAGGAGCUUCCUGCGGUCCUGUUGCCCCUCAGCGCUUCUCAAUUAAAAGAUGGGUUGGGUGUAAGCGCAGCCUGGGCCUCACUCACGGGACGACCUCGCGCCGGCCGGGGGCACCUCCUGCACCACAGUGCCACUGCCCUUUCCUCGGACAGCCCCGCAGGUCCUGGGCCUGCCCACAGCUCUACCCAGAGGCCCGGCCACACCAGUGUUGCCUGCGUGUGGCCCUGGGGUGCCUCCCCAGCCCAGGUACCAGGCACCCCAGGGUCGACCUUCUGUUUUUUUUUUUUUU